GAUGAAGACUUCUUAUUUUAUUUUGGAGCUCUUUCAAGGUCUUAGGUUUAAAUAGUAAAUGAAAACAGAUAAGCUUGGCUCACUGAUAAGCUAUUGUCUUGAUUUCUAUGUGAAUACUAUGUUAGACCCAUAUCGCUGAUUGUUCAGUCAAUUGGCAGACGUUUUCUGGAAAUAAUGUCGACCGCUGCUUGGAUUAUAACAUUCGCAUUGCUGAUAUUCCAUCAGGGAUCAGCUCAGCUUCUGGACUCUGACUGUGGAGUUACUAGUGCUCCUAUAGAUGGUGAGAGCCCAAGUCCCUCUCCUUGGUUGGCACUAAUUAGAUCGAACAACCAAACAUGCUCAGGUGUUCUUAUUGAUCAACAAUACGUGAUAACAGCUGCCAGUUGUAUAAUAAACAGCACCCAAACCCUUGUUCGCUUGGGUGAUUCCGACGGAUCCCAUCGCUAUGAGGAGUACUACGCCGUGGCUGCCAUCGUUCAUUACUUGUUCCACGAAAGCGAGUACCUAAGCGACUUGGCUCUCCUUAAGCUGCAGAGUAAGGUUACCUACAAGCCGCAUAUUCGGCCGAUUUGCGUUCUGCUGAAUAGUGAGAAAAAGGCCGAGGUGGACGAAUUCAAGGAUUUCUAUAUUACACAUUGGGGCCUGAACGAGUUCCGAUUCUUUCCAAGCCCAAGAACAAAUACCAUUAGUCGCCUCAAUGGGAAUCAGUGCCUUGAUGUAUACAACUCCGCUCCCGAGAGUUCUCAGAUCUGUGCACAGUUCAAUAGCGGUGCCAAUUGUCUUGAGCACGGCAGUCCUUUGAGCGGAAUGAUUAAUUAUAAGGAUACACAACGCACCACCCUUUACGGCAUUCAGAGCUACGGCACUACCAGGACCUGUAUGUUUACCGAUAUCAUGAGCCAUGUUGACUGGAUAGCUGAACACGUCUUUGAAGCCUAUAUAAUAAAACUAGAGAUUCCUAAGAUGAAAACGUUUCCAAACUAAAUCUGUAAAUAUGUAAAUAUAAAAAAUUAAAAAUUUUGAACUGUUA